ACGGAGGUGUUUCUCGGACGUACCGCUCGGCUGUUUAUCUCCGGGGACCAGCGGAAGAGAGAGCAGCGGGCUUGUGGAGUGUCCAAACAUCGUCGGUGCCAUGGGAGCCCACCUGGUCAGACGGUAUGUCACCGAGACAGAAACCGAACCAGACCCAGCCAAGAAAUUCGAGUUCGACCCCCAGUUCGGUUUUGAAAACAGGAAGGAGAGAGAGAUGAUAGCGACUCAGGAGCAGAUGAACUUAGCCCAGCUGCCUAUAGAGCAGAGGGACUACUGUGCCCAUUACCUCCUGAAACUCAUGAAGUGUAAGAGGGACAACUGGCCCAACUUCCUGGCCUGCAAGCAUGAGAGACAUGACUGGGACUAUUGUGAACACCAGGACUAUGUGAUGCGUAUGAAGGAGUAUGAGAGAGAGAGGAGGCUCCAGCUGAGGAAGAAGAGAAUUGAAGCUCAGGCAGAAGCUGCGUAAUCCUUUAAUUCUACUUCUUUGUAUAUACCUGCUACUGUUCACAUUAAACAAUACUGUUUAAGCUCUACAA